AUGGCCCGCACAACCAAACCCACCACAACAACCCACCACGCAAAGAAACCCUCCCUCCUCUCCCGCCUCCGCAACAAAAACCAAGCCAAAGUCUCAACAACCCAAUCCACAAACCCCAUAACCGGUACAACAACUACAACUCAAACGACAAAGACUCACCCCAACGGCUACGGCUCCCGCGGUCACGGUGGUAAAGGACCGCUAGGCUCGAACACGAACCAUCAUUAUACCAAUUCCACGAGCACGACGGGCGUGCAUCAUCAGAAGAGGAAGGUUACCAUGGGAGAUCGCGUUAGUGGUGCGAUGAUGAAGUUGAGGGGCAGUGCGACGGGCAAAUCUGGAGUGAAGGGGGCGGGGACUAAGAGGAUGAAGGGGGCGGAUGGGAGGGGGAGUAGGCGGGUUGUUGUGUAA